AUUUGAGAUCACCAGCAGACCUAUCUCGUACCUUCCCUUUGCCUUAUGAGGCCCUAGAAUACGUUCGCUUUUUAUUGCCCCUGGUGCCCCUUAUAGAAACAACGUCGCUGACCACCCUCCCCCCUCCAUAAACACCUCGCAUUUGCAACCUCAAGAUCAACUUCAUCUCCCAUAUUCCACCCUUUUCGCAUUGACUUCAUCAUAUGCUCGGACACUCCUGAAGGAACUAAGACGACCACCAUGGCAGAACCACUUCCGUCACCUCCUUUGACAAUGGAAGUUUCGAAUACCGUUGACAUCGAGACCACCUCACCUCAGACUCAACAGCUCGAUGUUUCGACCGAAGCUGGCUUGGACAUGACUUCACCUUCUCUGUUAAUUGACGAAUCAAGCAUUCCUCCAGGCGAGAUCGUUUUCUCGGGGACUCAAAAGCUCAUCGCUUCAGUUGAAGGUACUCCAGGCACGGCUACUCUUUGCUCGACAAUCGACGGAUCGAAUAUGGUACCCAGCGAUAUGAUUACACCUCCUACUUUAGAGCUGGUGAGAUCGACUGAAUGCAUCACAGCCAUGGAUCAAUCUUCCGUAAAUACAGACACUCCAACACCGGUAUGUGAUCUUGUCAAUAAUAGCUCGCCAGAGCUUCAAGCGCAGUCCGGUCUGGUAGAGCCUUCAUCCGACAUGGACUCUUCUCAUACCGCGGACAGAUCAAACGAGCUAUCCAAACUCGUUGAGGCGACUUUGGUCGAAAUACCUGAGCUCCCCUUCGGCCCCUUCUCAGUUGAAAGUGAUCCCGACGCUGUUUCACCUUCCGAGCCAGUUGACGCUUCAGAGAUUCUUUCCGAAGCCAUUGAACUUAUGAUUUCACAGGAUGAUGUGAACACUUCUUUCCUAAAUGCCGGCAACGCAAUGAUAACAUCGGAACUCACCCAGAAGACUUCGGCUGAGUCUCCAGAGCUUGGAUCCUCAACCCACUUGGAGUCAACUCCAACUUCUCCUGCCAGCAACAAAAACACGGGAUACGAACCACUUGAGUCUAGCCUGACUGAGUUCAUAAAGCUCAACCUCUCACUUAAGAAGAGCUCUCCUAAAUUGGAGGUUUGUGGGGUAAGCAACAGACUCGAAGCGAUCGAGACGAAUUCGGGAGAGAGAUCAAGGCGUAAUCCCUUCGCUGUAGAUGCUUCACUUAAGAAUCGACUUCCCUUGUCCAUUGAUGAUUUAACCGUGGUUGCUGAUCCCUUCGACACGGGUUCGAGUUCGCAAGGGGUUCAGGAGCAUGCCUACACAGCUCAAGCUACACCAGGCUUGAACGACUCUCCCUUCUCGACCGAUGGCUCCAACCAGACACUGGAAUGCGUUAACACGGGCUCGCAGGAGAUUUCGGAGCUCACAUCUUCAUCUUACGGACCCCCGGAAACAACUUCGCCUUCCUCCUCUCCUGAUAGUUUCACUGUCUUACCCAGCACACUCGAGUUGAGCUUGCCAGAGAUUCAGGACACUGCGUUUUCUGAAGAAACACCGGUUAUGCACACCCAUCCCUUCUCCUCUGCCGACAGCCACAACAAUGUGCCUGAAUCUGUUGAUACAAGCUCAAUCGAGAUGUCAGACUUCAUCGUCUCCGUUGAAAGCAAUUCAGACACUGCAUUUCCUCCAGCAACUUCUGGUUUUUCAUCUGGGAUACCGGGUAACUUCGACAGGAGCCAGUCCGAGAUGGAAGAUCAGACAGUUUCCGAAGCUGCAUCCGCCAUGAACUCUCCUACCUACUCUGUUGACGGCAUGGAUGUAGGAUUCCAAUUUGAUGAGACAAAUGCGACCAACAUGCUGAAUCUCGACCAUCCGGCCUCCGCCAGUCUCGAUGCGGAGUCUUCUGAUGAAGACGCAACAACAAAACCCAAAUGUUCCAGGUCGACUGGGUCAGAAAUCAGAAACACUUCCAGCUCCGACGAUACUAUGAGCGGUCCGUCCGUCUCUAUCAAGGAGACCGCGACCGGUACGCCACGCAGACUCCAACCAGGCUGGGGCUCUCCAAUGUUCGGAACUCUUUAUGGGGCCAGUUGGGUACGGGAGAGGCCUCAGGUCUUGGAUGCAGGUUCCGAUUUUGAUGAUAGGAAUUUGGCCAAAAUGUCUGAGCAUGUCACAUCUGGGGAUGCCGCUGCUAACAUGGCACAGCCAUACGCCUAUGAGAUAUCAACGACUGUAUCCGAAUCAGUUCAGAUGAGCUCACCGGAGAUAAAGCUGGAGCCUUUAUCCGCAGAUACCAUUCCUUAUAUGAACACACUUCUGUCAGCCAUAGGCGGCCCCAGUGCGAAAUCCAAGUCGCCUGAAAAGCCCGCAGCCGAAUGGUUGGAAGCCGCUGGGGCCAUGGCAACCCCAGUGGAUACUGAUACUUCAACUAUGAUCGAGAGGUCCAUUGAAAGGAUGCCAUUUGAUAUGCAGCCUGUACCUGUUUCUAUUACUCAAGACGCAGGAUCUCGUUACAUGUGCCCAGAAGACACUGGCAACUCUCCAAGAAAGAGAGUCCACUUCAAGAUAGAGGAUGGGGAGGAGGAUCAACAACCGCCAGCAAAGAAGUUGCGUCAAAAUUUUGUUACUGUGUGGGACGUACCCCAAACGAAGACUAGGGAUGAUUUAGAAAAAUCUCCCGAAGACAUUGAAACGGGUGUACUGGACGUGCAGAAGGUGUGCAGUCCGACUGAGGCAUCACAAGACAUGAUCUCACCUCCUUCGACCCCAAGUGACACAAACAUGACCUUCCAAAAAAUUGAGACGGGUGAUUUCGAGGCUUGGGAAGUUCCGCCCUCGGCUGAGAUGCCACCGCAGCUCUCAAUGGAUAGCAAGCAUCCCGAUUUGGAGAAAUCUCUGACGACAGCCCCCUCUUCCAUUGACAUUACUCAGUCGAAAUCCAAUAAAAACAUUGCCAACGAAACCAUUGAGCUUCGCAUUGGUCCCAAGAACAAAUGCGUUCUGGUUCACAAGUACAUACUCGCCAAAUCUCCUUUCUUUGAAUUGUUAUCCCGCCAGUAUCCAAAUCACAAAGAGUCACCCCAAGCUUAUCAUUUCCCAGACUUCGACACCUAUGCUUUGGCGACCAUUAUACAUUGGCUCUAUCAUCGCAAUAUUCAAUCCAUCGCUGAGGACUACAAAGCAGACAGUAUUUUCAACACAACACAUAUGGUCAAGGUCUACUGCUUAUGCUCCAAGCUUCGGCUUCGAUCUCUCCAGAAUCUGGCUAUCGAACUUCUGGGUCAUGGGUACUUGAAAAAUAAUUCAGCACCAACGAUCGAGGAGAUUGCCAUUACCUACAGUCAAAUCGAACAGUGGUCCGCCCUUCGAAUCUACAUGGCAACCUGGGCUUGCUGCAGAGAACAUGCACCGCUUCAGAAAUACAUGAUGGCUGGCCCAUGGGACCGAGAUCAAUUCAAACACCUUUGCAAGAAGCAUCCAGAUCUGCCAAAGGAUAUGGAUAAUUUGUAUGCAAACACUGCUACGGGGAGUUUGAUAAGCCUGAACCCUCGAUUUCAUGAAAUCUGCUGUUACCACGAUCACCCACCGGGCGAACGGUGUGGAGUCUCGGGAAAGACUUUCGACUGCUUCUAA